CCCCGCCAUGCACGCUAAGUAGUGUACUAGGUAGGUAGUAGGUAGUGUUAUCGCUCGGUUAUCCACUACUUAUCGACCGUCGCUACGUCACUGCUCGAAUUGCGCCCGGCUUAUGGUCCGGAAGUGGAGGAAGCUCAUCUGAAGCUCAUUGAUGUUAGCUUGCCAGCGCAUUCUGCUUCUUGCCAUCACCACAUCCUAGUGUACUCCGGAUCUCCUGGUGGUUUUCAUUUCUACUUGUAGCUACCUUUGACGCGACAUCAAAGACAACGACGACCUUAUUGUUUUUAUUUUCAUCAUAAAGAUACAUCACCGCGCCAGCAUCGCGCAAUCCGUCGCAUCCGAGCAAAUUCUACAAUCCGCGAUAGAAGCAACAAUAAACCACAAUGUGGCCCUUUGGCAACAGCAAUAACCCGGACAAGCCGGCGCAGCCCAAGCAGUCUCCUUCAGAAACCAGCCCUAUACAAGACAAGGUGGAGAAGAAGGUUGUCGAUGUCAAGAAUGCCGUUCAUGACGAGCUCAACCCCCAGAAGCUGCCUGCGCGAAGAAAGCUCCCGGACGGUCUACAGAAGUUAGUCGACAAGACUGACAAGGAAGAAUUCUAUGAUGAUCUCUACGAGGGCUACAUGCCUCCCUCGACCGAGUCCAACGUCCGUUACGCCGCCUACGCCUCCCGCUUCCGCACCAUUCUCCUCUCCGCCCACCGCUACGUCGCCUACACCUCCGACAUUGGGGAGUCCUUCCGCCCCGUCGCGCACCCGUGGCUCGUUCGUGGUGCCUACGGCGUCUCGUGGGCGUACAUCCUGGGCGACGUCAGCUACGAAGGAUACAAGGCAUACUGGCACAACCGGCGGGUGCUGGACCCCAAUGUCGAGCUAACAUCGCGCCAGAAGCGCAUUCUCGGCUUGAUCGAUGAAAACGGCACCAAGAAGAUGGAAGACGACAAACCGACGCCCGGCAAAAUCACGCCGCUGGAGGACUACCGAACCGUGAUGCUGCAGCGCCUCAUCUUCCAGAGCGUGGCCAGUAUGGGACUGCCUGCGUUUACGAUUCACAGUGUGGUGCGGUACAGCGGGCGCGCGAUGAAGAACGUCAAGAACCAGACGAUCCGGACCUGGGGUCCCAUUGGUCUCGGUCUGUCGGUCGUUCCCUUCCUGCCUACUUUGUUCGACAAGCCAGUUGAGAAUGCGGUCGAAUGGGUGUUCCAUAAGGCCUUCGAGACAUUUGGCGGCAAGGAGGCUGUUGGGCAUGCGCCACUUAUCGGAAGAGAAAAGACGCUGAGUGAGAAGCCUACUCCUCACAAGGAGAAGAACGAGUGAGCGAAAUAGAGAGAUGAUGGAGAGGACAUGGGCUGGCCAAAUAUGUAUGAAGGGAUUGUUCCCAUGCGCACUUGAAGUGUAUUAUAGGUACUCUACAUUUAUAUGCUCGCUAUUGAAUUUAUAUGCUCACUAUUGAAUAAAUUACUGAUA